AUGUCACCACCUUCGUUCCAACUAAUGCCCUUCUGGCAAGACAACAUCGAAGCCUGGUUCUGCUACGCAGAAGCCGACCUCUACGAGCACAGCGUGAACGACACACGUGCACAAUUCCUCUCAGUAUUCAAGGCACUACAGCGCGAGUUCAAUAGGUACGUAACACCUAGCAUGUUUACUAGUGAUGUUUCUGAACCGUACGAAACCUUAAAGCGUUCUAUCCUUAAACGAGGAGACCUAACCGAUCGACAAAGGUUAGACCAACUCCUUAAUAACAUCGACCCACAACACGGUUCUGCGACAGACAUGUUGCAAAGAAUGAGAGAGGUUAUCGGCCAAAGAACCUUCGAUGAUGGCCUAUUCAAACACCUUUUCUUGUCCAAACUUCCACAACAGGUGCAAACGGUUCUGGUCUCGUUUCAGAACAACGCCUUAGACGAACUGGCUGCAUCUGCCGAUCGUAUCUUAGAAAUUAUGAAAUCUUCUACUACAGAGGAAAAGCCUCAGACGACUCAGAAUGACAUAACCGAGUUAUGUCAUAAACUUACACGUUAUCUUAAUUUUCGUAACGACCGUAAGCGAUCACACACCCCACGUAGAAGCACUUUCCGUAAGCGAUCUGUCUCUAGACCACGAGAGAUGGAUGAUCCCGACUGCUGCUGGUAUCAUAACCAGUAUGGAAAGUCUUUUAGAAAUUGCAGAGAACCCUGCAAUUUUCCCUUCUCAAAACCGAUCGACAAGUGCACACCACGUGAGUCUCGACAGGUGGACUACAUUUCGCAGUUUACUUCGGACAUCCAACACACUUCUGUAGCAAACAAUGUAGUCGCAGACGCCUUGUCUCGAAUAACUUCCUUGAACAGUUUCCAAAGAAUCGACCUUCUGAAACUCGCUCAGCUUCAAAAAGAAGACACUGGUCUUCAGCACGAGUUAUCGUCAACAACCCUUAAACUGCACAUCAAGGAUCGCCCAAUCGUGACGAAACAUUAUCGAUGCAAUGUCUUCAACACAUUGCACAAACUUUCUUAUCCAGGUGUUCGUGCAACCAUCAAGCUUAUAGCAGAACGGUUUUGCUGGCCUGACGUGAGGGAGUGGGCACGCUCCUGUGUAAGCUGCCAAAAAUCUAAGGUUAUCAGACACAAUAAAUGUCCCUUAAUCUCAUUUAAAACUCCCGAUGCUCGUUUCGACCAUGUUCAUCUGGAUUUGGUAGGACCUUUACCAGAUUCAAAUGGAUACUCUUAUCUCACCCUUUCACUCGAUGACCAGAAGCAAUACCUAUCAAAAACAUCACUGCUGAAACAGUGGCCCGCGCCUUCGUCGAACGAUGUGUGGCAAAACCGCGGACGUCAGUUCGAAUCUGAACUUUUCCGUCGUCUGACCGCACUAUUAGGAACCACUCACUUCCGAACGACCGCCUACCACCCAAAAGUAAAUGGGUCGGUAGAAGGUUUUCACCGACAAUUAAAAGCUUCCCUGUCAGCUGCAAACAUUUCUCAAUGGACUGAUGCUUUUCCACUCAUCUUACUAGGUAUUCGCAAUGCAGUGAAAGCUGACAUUGGAUACACUACGGCUCAACUCGUUUAUGGAACGACACUUCGACUUCCAGGAGAACUCGUGGAUCUUUCAUCUUCUUCAAUGAACAUGGAUAUAGCCUCCUACACGAACAUGCUUACAAACGCAAUGCGUUCAGUUACACCUGUUUCCACUCGACCGCAAUCAACUGUUUUCGUUCAACCUGACUUACGAUAUAGUACACACGUUUUCGUUCGUCGAGACUCACAUCGACGACCUCUCGAAUCAGCAUACGAAGGACCAUUCAAGGUUUUUCAACGCGAACCCAAGUACUAUAUAAUCGAUAAGAACGGAACAAACGAUAGCAUCAGCAUCGAUCGCCUCAAGGAAGCGUAUUUAGAAGGAAUUCCUAUCCACGUUGAUUUUCCUUCGCUACAAUCGAACGACACGGCUCCGACACUUAUAAUACCACAACCGACAGCCAACACACAUAAUGAUACUUCAGCAGUAUCUGAAAAUAAACUUAAGACGACGCGUUCUAGAAGAGUAAGAUUUCCAAAACAUUUGAACGAUUAUUGCAUGGUCCCUUAUAUUAAAGAAAGACAACCAGACGCUGCUAAACCUAGCGGGCUAUCAGAAGAGUGUUUACCAACGACAAACUCCUUGGGUUUAAACUCCUGGCCCGCCACGUCUUAG